ACCUACUCCAAACACGACUUCAUCAUAGCGUAUACACGCACAGACACACACACACAGAGAGAGAGAGACUCGGUCUGUCGAAGUCAAGAUGCUCGGGAGCGAUGUACUGUUGUGCUUUAUCUUCUACAGCACGCUUUUAAUCUUAAAGAUGUACAUAAUUGCCAUCAUCACGGGCCAAGUGAGACUUCGGAAAAAGGCGUUUGCUAAUCCAGAGGACGCCGAUAGACACGGAGGUGUGCAGUUCUGCCGAACUGAUCCAUAUGUGGAACGCUGUAGGAGAGCACACGUCAAUGACAUGGAAAACAUUUUGCCCUUUUUAUUUCUCGGAGCCGUCUACUCCAUGACAGGCCCCUCGUAUGCAGUUGCACGUCUUCAUUUUCUGGUCUUUUUCCUGGGUCGAGUUCUCCACAGCAUCGCAUACCUGUUGGCACUCAAAGCACCGACACGUUCAUUCGCCUAUGUCAUCGCUCAGGUGCCUUGCAUUUCAAUGGCAAUACAGUUACUCAUGGAAGUAGCCUCAUUUGCAUGACCAUCUCAAUAAUGGACUUCUGUGAUUGGUCAAGACUUAUGAUUACAACUGUGAUGCAGAUUGCUUUAUGGACUUACAGCAUCUCAACAGUAACAGAAUUCACAUUUCACUUUAACAUUAGACUUGAUGAUUUAUGACUGACAAUUAAUAACUCUGUUCUUGAAUCCUAACAUUCAUUGCUGUCAUUUUAGGACUAAACACUAGAGUUUGUAUUGUGUUUUGCUAUGUGUAUUGUCAUUUUAGCAUUCAAAUGAAGGUUAUUUAAUGUGAUUUACUUUCACAAUCAGGUUUUCAUAUACUCAGCAUAUUUAUAUAUUUGAUACAACAACUCCUUGAAUGGACAUUGAGUCUGAUAGACUGUUCCUUACAGGACUUUUGGUUCAGUAACCACCAGCUUUUCACUUUCAUACUGCAAAGCUUACAUAAGCAAUUACUGCUGAGGUCAUUUCAGAGUCCACGUGACCGUUCCACAAUACCUUUCCAUACUUGUAAAAAUUCCUCUGUUAUUAGACCAUAAGCCCUGCAGGGCCCAGGCUUUUCAAAUUUAUUGUAGCGUUAAAUAUACAACGUUGCGCAAAUACUGUCCUUCCUCUUUGUCCACCAGGCUUUGGGUUUACAGCAUUUUGAGAACAACCGGGUGCUUUCACUUUGGUUUUUAUCUUCAAGAAUGGGGGUUUUGGUAUAAUGUUAUGGUUGUGGUAAUUCACCACACAGUGCUUUUGUUAUAUACAUUUUAAAUAUUUUCUGUUUUCAAAGUGUAACUUAUUUUAAUUUUUAUAUCACUUGUGAUAUUAAAGUUUCUAAAGAGAUAAUGAGAAAAUAAAAGUUUUUAUAUUAAAGGAAUAAUGAAAGA